GCCAUGGAAUUCCCAUCAGAAGACAUUUUUUUAAUAACAGCUUCUCCAGUUAUAAAAGCUAUUACGAAUUUCAAACAGGUCUCCAAAACACUCGAGGAGUUUGAUGUUGAAGAGCAACCAAGUUCUUUAUUAGAAGAACGAUAUCCCAGUAUUAAAGUUAUACAAUCUGGAGUAAAACGAUUGAAAAGUGAUGAAAAUAAAAUUUUCACUGAAGAUGGGAAAGAAUAUAUAUAUGAAAAACUUUGCCUCUGUGCUGGAGCAAAACCAAAAUUAAUUUUUGAAGGAAACCCAUAUGUAUUAGGAAUCCGGGAUACUGACAGUGCACAGGCUUUUCAGAAGAAUUUGGCUCAAGCUGAGAGAAUAGUAGUGGUAGGAAACGGUGGGAUUGCACUUGAAUUAGUGUAUGAAAUUCAAGGCUGCGAAGUAAUAUGGGCUAUCAAAGACAAAGCCAUUGGGAACACUUUUUUUGAUGCAGGAGCAGCUGAAUUUCUCAUUCCAAAACUAACUGCUGAAAAACGAGAGACUCCAAUUGAAUGUAAAAGAACCAAGUAUAGCAUAGAAGGGAGUGAGGAAAAAGAGAGACCUAUAGCAACAUCUGACAGCCUGGGCAGUGCCUUAGGCCCAGAUUGGCAUGAGGGUUUACAUCUUAAAGGGACUAAAGAGUUUUCUCAUAAAGUCCAUAUUGAAAUACUAUGUGAAGUAAAGAAAAUACACUCACAGCAAGAAUUUAUACAACUGCAACGGACUUCUAUGACUUUUCCUAAGGAAGAGAAAAAGGUAGAAGCAGAUGAGGUGCUAUGGCCUGUAUAUGUGGAAUUAACUAAUGGAAAAAUUUAUGGAUGUGAUUUCAUUGUCAGUGCAACUGGAGUUGUACCAAAUGUUCAACCAUUUCUUGAUGGCAAUAAUUUUGCUGUAGGUGAAGAUGGAGGUCUUAAAGUAGAUAAACACAUGCACACGUCCCUGCCAGAUAUAUAUGCAGCUGGGGAUAUCUGCACGGCAUCGUGGGAACCUAGUCCAGUGUGGCAUCAGAUGAGAUUGUGGACUCAAGCUAGGCAGAUGGGAUGGUACGCAGCAAAAUGCAUGGCAGCAGAUAUUUUAGGGGAAUCUAUUGAUCUGGAUUUCAGCUUUGAACUAUUUGCUCAUGUGACAAAAUUUUUCAAUUACAAGGUGGUGGUUUUGGGAAAAUACAAUGCUCAAGGCCUGGGUUUAGACCAUGAACUGAUGCUGAGAUGUACCAAGGGACAAGAGUAUGUUAAAGUAGUGAUGCAGAAUGGCCGAAUGAUGGGAGCUGUGCUGAUUGGUGAAACGGACUUGGAGGAAACCUUUGAAAACUUAAUUUUAAACCAAAUGGAUCUUUCAGCCUAUGGUGAAGAUCUCCUGAAUCCAGAUAUUGAUAUAGAAGAUUAUUUUGAUUGAACAAAUCCAUUUUGUAUAAAGUUUUGAUAUUGAGUAAUAUGUCUUACAAGACUUUUCUCAGCAUUACAAGAAAUCAGGGACAAAUGCAAUUCCCUAUUAAGAUUGUGUUGAUCUUGUCAAAAUACUGACCUGCAAAUUAGAUGAAUCUAUGUAGAAAUGCAGCAACAAAGGCAGGUGGAUUAGUGUUGCCAAAGGGUUUUUUCAUCUAAUUAGAUGAGCAUAUGAAACAGGGCUAUGACAGUCUUAAAAAGUGAGCUUCACUGUGCUGUUAAGAUAGCAUUGCAUUCACUUGAAUGUGAGGUAGCCUUCACU